AUGGUCGAUGCUAGCCAGCGCCAUCUGUUGCGCGAUGGGUUGACCUUCAAACUCCUCUGUGCUGCGCUCUGUUUUGGGCUCUCGGGCAGCGGUCGAGGUCUUGACGAGGGCCUCAUCGCCAGCACUGUGGCCGAACAGUCCUUCAUCAACGAGUUCCACAUGCACGCCGACUAUCUGAGUGCCUCGCAGCGCGCAAACCGGCUGUCAAAUGUCACCUCCAUGGUGCACAUUGGCAGUUUGCCGGGCGCGGUGCUGGCGUUCAUUCUCUCUGAGCGAAUCGGCAUGCUGUGGACAAUGCGCGAACUGUGUCUGAUGUGGAUUGUUGGCUCGGUCAUAUUCAUCACCUCGGCCAAUAACAGUAUUGGACAGGUCUACGCUGGACGCUUUAUCAUCGGCCUGGGCCUCGGACAAGCCGGCGUGGUUGCGCCUAUUUAUCUCGCUGAAGUCGCUCCUCGGCGCAUGCGUGGGAUGAUGGUGAACAUGUACGGCAUGUCUGAGUAUCUGGGAAUCGUGAUCGGAUAUUUCUCCAUCUGGGGCGCAUCCAUCCACAUCUCCAACUCGAGUGCAAAACAAUGGGUGAUCCCCCAGAGCGUUCAGAUCAUGUGGGCCGGCAUUUUGUUUCUGAUAUCCUUCUUCUGCGAGGAGAGCCCUCGCUUUCUAUGCAAGAAAGACCGCGUGGACGAUGCAUGCAAUGCCCUGGCGAGCAUCUGGAAUUUGCCGCCGACGCACGAAUUGGUUCAGACCGAGCUCAGAAACACGCGCAUCCAGCUCGAGCUGGAGUAUCAGCAGACGGCGUCGCGGCGAUGGAUUGAUACUUUCCGGGAGCUGUUCAUGACGGCUGCGAAUCUCAAGCGGAUUGCUUUUGUUUUUGUCUUGCAGUGUCUGAGUCAGUGGUCUGGGCCGAAUUCAGUCACCACCUACGCCCCCGAACUCUUCGGAAUCUUCGGUAUCAGCGGCGAAUACGAAAAACUGCUCACUACAGCCGUCUUCGGCGUGGUUAAGUUAACAUGUGCACUGGUCAGCGCGCUGCUGCUCGUCGACUACCUCGGACGACGGAAGACGCUCUAUCUUGGACUCGUCAUCCAGAUUGUCGCCCUAGUCUACGACUCCAUUUUCCUAACUGUGUAUUCCAACCUCUCCGAAGUCACCAAGCAAGCAGCACCCGCACGACACGCAGCCAUGGGAUCGGUCGUCAUGCUUUUCUUCGUCGGCGUGGGCUGGGCCUUGGGCUGGAACUCGGUGCAGUAUCUUAUUACUGCGGAACUGUUCCCUCUUCGCGUUCGCAUCGUGGGCUCUAGUCUUGUGACGUGCUGGCAUUAUGCUAAUCGUAUGGGAUUGUCCAAGGUUAGUCUUUUUGCCUCGGACAACGGCAAUGACAUCCGGAUUGAACUGGGUUACUAA